AAGGGUCGGCGGCGCUCGAUGAUCGCUGAGCUGGUGAAUCCGGGCGGCGGCGGAGGACUUCCAAAGUUCAAACAAGGUCCUCCUUCCCCCAUAGAACAGAAUCCUAUCAGUCAGCAAUUCGAGAUCGGCCGCCUAGUCGGCUCUGCAGGCCCAGAGUUUGUAUGGAAGAUCUACGACGCCAAACGAAAAUCCGACAACAAGGAUGCCUCGAUUUUUUUCUUCGAGAAGAAAGUUGCCGAGAAACUCCAUAAGCCAAAACGCAAGGAAACCAUCACCGAAAUCCUCCGAUUCGGAGUGCGUCAGUUGGAUCGCUAUAAACAUCCAAAACUCUUGUCGGUGCUGCAUCCUAUUGAGGAAUCGAGCGACUCGCUGGCGUUCGCGACCGAGCCGGUCAUGGGCAGCUUGGCGAACAUCCUCGGCUGCCUCGAAGACCGUCUGCCCCAGACGGUGGCCCAGGAGACCCGCGAGUAUGAGUUUCUCGAUAUAGAGCACAAAUAUGGUCUGCUUCAACUGACCGAGGCGCUUCUGUUCCUGCAUUACAAUUGCAAAAUCAUCCAUCGAAACGUUUGUCCGUCGUCGGUGAUUGUCAACAAGAAAGGAACCUGGAAACUCGCCGGAAUGGAAUUCAGCGAGAAAUGCAACGAAACGGACCUUAUGAAUCCGAUCGGCUGUCAGGGUUUCACAUCGAAACUUCCCAAAAUGGGUCAGCCCGAUCUCGACUACACGCCGCCCGAAGUACACGCAACCGCAUCGUGUUCCCCUCAGAGUGACAUGUUUUCAUUGGGUCUGCUAAUCACGGCCCUUUUCAACCAGGGCCACUCAUUGCUUGAGAGCCAGCUGUCGAUCUCGAUCUACACCCAGCGAAUCGAAGAGAUGAACACGAACCUGCUGUCGCUUCUGGAGAAAAUUCCCCAUCACCUACAGGAGCCCCUCCAGGGUCUACUCAACAUGGACGCUAAGCGGAGACCAAACUCACAGAACUUCUCCAUCAUUAAAUAUUUCAUGGAUCCAGGUGUCCACGCGCUCCAAUACCUUGACGUGAUCCAGAUGAAGGACUCCACCCACAAGACCCACUACUACCACAAUCUAAAACAAACCCUGCCCGCCAUACCGAAGAAAUUAUGGUGGCAGCACAUAUUGCCCUCGCUGCAAGCCGAAUUGCAAUCGCCAGAGGUUCUGGCAGCAGCUCUUCAACCUCUACUCUACAUGAUCGGAAACUCGUCCCUUGACGAGUACCAAAGCAUAAUUCUGCCCGUCUUCAGGAGCGUCUUUGGAAUGCCCAAGUCUGUCCAGGCAACUGUCACUCUGCUUGAAAACAUAGAUAUUCUCAUGGCUAAAACCCCAAAAGCGGACAUCAAGUCUGACGUUCUCCCAAUGGUGUACAAUUCCUUUGAGUCGACGGCACCACAAAUCCAAUGCGCUUCGAUACGCGCUGCCGCUCAUGUCGCCGAAUACCUCGACGAAAACGCCGUCCGGAAGAUGGUUCUUCCCCGAACCAGAUCUGUCUUCGAGACAAACUCGGGGCAAAAGCCUCUUCACAGUAUGUCGUCGCAGGUGCAGGCGAACGCGCUAACGUGCAUCGAACAAGUUAUGGACAAACUGGAAAAAACUGAUACUUUAGAUCAAGUUCUGCCCAUGCUGGAAAAAGCGAAAGUUCAAGAUCCGACGAUAUUGAUGCCGGUCGUCCGAAUCUACAAGCGGAUGAUGGCAGAUAAGCGUUACGGACUCACAGUGAACCUGCUUGCCACGAAGGUUCUACCAACUCUCAUCCCGGUCGCAGUGAGUCCAGCGCUUAAGUUGGACCAGUUCCAAGAGCUGACUGAGCUCUGCCAAGAGAUGCUUGACGCGGUGUCAAAAAGUCAAAGGAACAAACUUAAGUUGGAAAAACUUUCCCUCCAAUCCACAUCAGAACUAGUUCCAGUGCACACUCAACCGAUGCAAUUCAGCGCGAUCGAGCAGCCGACUGGAUACCCUCAUCGUCCGCCGUCGCUGCGCCUCGAGUCCAGGCGUACUUCGAUUUCCAUGGAUGACGUCGUAAGAAGGACAUGUAGUUCAGCCUCAUCCUCACCGGACUCGAACCUCCUGCGUGUACAAGCUACGCUUCCCGGUAGGCGCCACUCGGACAACACGAUCCAGCCCCCACGUAUACUAGUGGCUCCGUGCUCUCCGUGCACGGGGUCGCCUCUCGGCUACACAUCUUCCGGUGUGCCAGUUCGAAGGCAUUCGUCAGUGGGGAUGCACCAACAGGAUUCGCGUUUUUCGAACUUCUUCUCGUCGCCAAAGUUUCAAUCCCCUACAACCACAUCUAGUAAUUCAACGGGCCUUGGUGCAGAUUUCUUCAAUUCCAGUCGAGCCAACAUGAGACGCUACUCGGCCGCCGCUGUCUGCGGAACCGGACUACCCAACCAAGCAUCAUCGUUCCUACAGCAAGUGGGUUCUGGAGUGUCUUCACUAUUCUCUGGCAAAUAA